AUGACAAACCCUGAACCAAAGAUCAAUCUAAAAACUAUCACAGCACAUCAGCUUUUAUCGCAUAGAGAGAAAGUUUGUGAGCUGUUUAACCUUCUAGAUGAUAGUAAGAGACAUGAACUAAUAAUAGGAACGCCAGAACAGCGUAACCGAAGGCUUGAAGCUUUUAAAUCAAGGAGAGACGCACUAAGGAUGGAGCUGCAUAGGUAA